CAACUCCAAUAUUGCACACAAUUCGCGACCGACGACAACCCCACGACUAACACACAGGUAUCACGCCAACACCGCCAACAUGCGUACCUACGACGAUUCCUUCAGCGGUCAAAAGAUCUACCCGGGCAAGGGCAAGCUUUACAUCCGUGGUGACAGCAAGAUCUUCCGCUUCCAGAACGGCAAGAGCGAGUCCCUUUUCCUCCAGCGCAAGAACCCUCGCAAGAUUCACUGGACCACUCUCUACCGAAGGGCGCACAAGAAGGGUAUCUCUGAGGAAGUCGCCAAGAAGCGUACCCGUCGCACAGUCAAGCACCAGCGUGCCAUCGUCGGUGCCUCUCUCGAUGUGAUCAAGGAGCGCCGCAGCCAACGUCCCGAGGCCCGUGCUGCUGCUCGCAGCGCCGCCGUCAAGGAGGGCAAGGAGAAGAAGGCCGCCGCCGAGUCAGCGAAGAAGGCUGAGAAGGCCAAGAACGCCGCUGCAUCCGCACGAGGCAACGCCGCCAAGGUCAGCAAGCAGGGUGCCAAGGGUGCCGCACCAAAGGUGCAGGCAAGGACUCGUUAAGCUAAAGCGGGGAAUUGGUACGGCGUGCAUAGUCUGGG